AUGGACAAACUACCCGAAGAAGUUUUGAUUGAGAUCUUCGACUACCUCGAACCCGAGGAACUCAUUUCCAUCCAACUGACAUGUUCCACCUUGUCCAAGGUGGGACGUGCCAACCCCCUGUGGAGGCAUAAAUGCUUCGAGAAGUCUCCUAGUGCCUCUAUGAGCAAUGUCAUGAUUAGGUUCUACAAUGCUUUGCUAGAUCGACCUCCACCAGCUCACCCUCGUCAAUCAUGGGGGCUCCCUCCAGAUGGCCAUGUGUCGAAAAGGCGAGGAGAAAGCGCCCGGGCCCGGGCAGUCAAUCAGUGGGAUUUUUCAGGGGAAGGCGAAAGGGUUGACUGGUACUCAGAAUACAAGUCUAGAUAUGCUCCUAUGAGUGUCGAUUGGCUCGUCAACGAGACCACAAGCCCCUUCGAGAUUAGAGGGGUUUCCUCUCGCGGCAUGAAUGACAAUACCGUUGGAUAUUUGGAGGACGGGAGCGUCUGUAUCUGGGAUCUCAGUCGAAGUCCUUCAGGAAGGAGGACAUUCCGAGAGCUAGGACGGAGCAAACCAUCCAUCCUGUUUGCUGACGCCAAUCAGCCAGGCGAAACUCUGGUCGUGGAUUGUGUGAGCACCUUCCCGCUACAACAGAAGGCUUUUGUUGCCGUCGGCAAUGUGUUGAACGAGGUCGACCUCCACACCCUGACUGUGGUGUCGCAUGCAAAGUAUCCGUUUCAGAUAACAGCCUUGUCGCAGUCAGCCUAUCCCAACCUGCCGUUAACGGUUGGCACUCAGUGGAGCCUCCACAUAGUUGAUCCACGAAUCCCCGUCAUUCCGACAUCUCAGUCUUCGCAUGAACAGACGGAUGAAGUGUCAUGCACACCGGGAAGUUCUACUGCAAUCCUCCCCGACAUGUCAGGGGAUUCUUCAAUGCUCCCUUCCAUCUUCGGCACGUCCCCUUCGUUGUCGUCUAAUGCUGGUCCGUCGACACAUUCUUCUGGAUCGCCUAGUUGGCGCCCUUCCCAUCGCUUGCAGAAUCCUCAAUGGAUGGGUUAUGCCCGAGUAGAACCUGGGCCACUGUCAAUUCUACACCACGCCGAGAACGAAAUUCUGAUCUGUGGUAGAUUCCCCAGCAUAUUAUCCUACGACCGCCGCUAUUUCCCGCGUCUACAAUAUGUGAUCCAUUCCAGCGCUAGCCUCUCAGCAAUGACAUCGAUACCAUACCCGCCAGCCCGAGCAUCUGCCAAUGUAGUGGGCGAUGCCACUCUCAUUGCAUGUGGCGAAUACCGGGGUCGUGGAUCUCUAGAACUUUACUCCCUUCCUCACACCAAGCCUGGUCAAAGGCAAUCCAACCCGGAUAUCUCGACCAGUUCCAGCCCCUCGGAAGACGACGACCUCGACAUUACCAGGAACCGCAACCUGACCUCCGAUGACGGCCUCUUUAGCUACAAAAACCGCCAAGACGCCGCAAAGUCGAAACUUCUCUCCGUGGCAUCGCACGGCACCAAAAUCGUCUUCUCCGACUCCGAAGGUGGACUGAAAUGGGUCGAACGGGACGGGCACAGCGUCGUGCGCAGGUGGAACCUCAACAACUUCCUGACAGAUCAUCCCAACGCCAUCUCAACCUAUGCAUCUACAUAUGGCGACGCAGUGGCGCGUAAAAUCAUCCCUCUCGACGCACCUUCCUCGGAGUGGGGCAGUCGAGGCGACGCAGACUUGCUCAUCUGGACUGGGGAGAAGAUCGGUAUCGUCACGACGGAUCCGAAUUUCAUGGACCAUGAAGAAAUGGUGCGCGAGAUCGAGGGUGACGUGGAAGGGAAGAGGGAGAAGGAGGAGCGGAAGAGGAAAGAAGAAGAGUACUCCAAGGUCAUGAGGCGGGCCUUGGAGAGGCAGGCGGACGAGAGGCGGUGGAUGAGCCAGUUCAGACUUAAGAGGAGGGAUUAUAUCUGA